AUGAUCGACUUAUCCAAACAAUAUUCCUUAUUAUUAAAUUUAGAAUAUACAAUUUACACCGUUCUUUGUAAACUUAAUCAUUUAAAAAUUAGAUACCUUGUUAUUGGACCUUUCAAAAGUAUAUCAUUUCUAUCAGCCAUUCCACCAACCAUUCCACCCACUGUAAAAUGCUUGUAUUUACAAAACAUCAAGUAUCAAUUAAAACCUGGUUCAAUUCCAAAUCAUUUAACUCUUUUUGCAUUUACAAAUGGCUUCUCUCAACCUUUUACAAAAGAAAAGAUUCUCUCCCACUCAAAAGUUAUCAGAAUGGAUUAUAAAUAUUUUAAAAACUAUUCAAUCUAA